GUGUGACAGACUGACUGUCAGUGUCGGCGGGGGGAGCGUAUGGAUGAAGACGGGGAGUGCGUGUGUAUAUAGUUUUUUUUUAACCUCCUGCCUCUAAAAUGAGCUUACCAAUGUCGUCCUCCGUAUCAUUUCUGUUUGCCUCGUCAAAUUCAUUUCUUUUCCUUUGCCUCCGUUUAAUUGAGCCAGUUUCUUAAAAAACAACACAUAAUUAGCAUUUAAAUCUCUUUCCUACAGUCUCCUGCCCUCCCUACAUCGCUCUCUCUCCCCUCUCUUACUCUAGCAGACUCUGCAUGUCUCAGUCGCUAAGGCAACCAAUGCUUUUUUUCUCACUUGUUCUCUGUAUCUCCCCCUUUCUCUCUCAUUCCCUCUCUCCACUGCCAGAGGUAGGCAUGAUAACUGAUAUGUGUCGGAGUGUGUGUGUGUUUGUGUCCGUCUCCCGGUGUGCUCGUGUGUCUCUAAGUGACAUUUCUGUGGCAUUUAGGCAGCAGUUGUGGAAAGGAAGUUACCUCUCUUUGCUCCAAGUGCCAUAUAGAGUAUUGGCUCAAUGCAUGAUGCUUCUAAUGAUGAUUAAUGUGCUGUGCUCAGGUGUGUUCACUGUAAAUGUGUGAGAGAACAGAACAGACAAUGAGUAUGUACUUCUGGGUGUUUUUGAAUGCAGAUGUGGAUACUGUAUAAACGUGGCGCAUAAUUGAGCGUUAAAUUUAAAAGCCCAGGGGAGUCUGUGUGUGUAUGUUUUUUUUUUUAUUUAAAUGUUUUUAUAAAGAUGACCGUUUCUGUUUUCUGCCAAUACUCUUCCUGGUGUCUAGUUAACAUGGUUUUAUCUGGCAACAUAAAAGAAGAAAAAAGCUGGACCCUCCCCCUUUCUCUCCCUCUCUAUCCCUCUCUUGCCCCUCUGUCCUGUCUUACAGAGAGAGAUGAUCGGAGGAGCGGAGUGUCAGUGAACAGAGCGAAGCGAUGGAGAGAUGCUCCAUCUCUCCUGUCGCACGACUGACUGCCCUCCGCUGCCUUGUCUGCCUUCUCCUGGUUGCUCUGGUGACACAGCCUUCCACCUGUAACCGAGACGACAGUGAGGGCGAGGAGCAGGUGGACGCCCGGUCUGUCCAGGUGUCCGUUACAGCCCAGGUCACGCCCACCCCUCUGUGGGCGGUAGUCUGGGGUCCCACACAGCCUCUGGAGGAUGAGACCUACCACUUCCUUUCUAGCCAGGAAACUGACCCCCUGCACCAGCAUGGUAACCAGCAGGAGGCAAGCACCGCCAAGCCAGACUGGCCUGCAAGCAUGCAGCCCCGAGAGGACAUGCCGCUGGAGUCUAAGGACCAGGAGGGAGUCGAGGAUGGAGGCACGGAGGCGGAGGAGACGGAGCCUGAGGAAGUGGACCCUCAGUUCUACGUCACAGUGACCAUCUCCUCGCUGCUCAUCCUGACGGCAGUCGUUAUUACAGCCAAACUCUGCCAUUUAUACUUUUACUCUCCUCCUCCUUACUCUAAUUCUCUUAUCUGCUCAUCUUGCCCACAUUUCUAUUAUAUCAUAAUUUUUCAUUUCAUUGCCUGGAUCUGUAUAAUUUAUUCUUCUUCAUAUCUAUUUUUCAUACUCUCUCUUAAUCUCAGUUUUGCUCCCACACUCUUACAUUAUCUCCCCUCACUCUCUCUCCAAUCCUCCCUCCUUUUACUUGGGCCUCUUUUCCAUUCACCUCCCAGGUUCUUUUUCUUUCUUUCUCUGAAUACCUGUGUUCCCCUACUUCCUUCAGGUUCUUUGCUUACUUCCAGUUAUCACCAUUGCAUUGCUGUAAUAGUGCCUGUCUUUGCACAGCUGGUACUCCUCUUAUCUCCCUCACCAGUCUCCUAUCUCUCCCAGCACCGCCAGUCCGACUGCUGAUCCACAGAUAAUCCUCCAGCUUGAGCUGAUACACGAUAAAAGCCUCUUUUCUCUCUGUUGCUGAGACUGGCCUUCAUUGUUGUUCCGAUAACUUACUCCACCGGUCCCUGCCAGGGAGGAAAACCCACACUACUGGUGGAUCCAAAGUGGCCUUACAAAAAUGAGAAUAGCGGGGAUUCAAGGCUGGAGACAUGGCAGCAGCCCAUCUCUAUAGACUGGCUCGUGCUUCAGUGUCAUAAAUGUGUAAAUAACGCCAUGUGUUAGAUGGAGAGAGUGCCGCACUAUGAACGGGAGGGCCGGUGUACAGAUGGACUGAAAUGAUAGCCUAUAGUGGAAAUUGGCCACUGUCCAGUUCAUUAUGAUUAUAGAAGAGCGGCAUAUGUGCUCAGUGAUUUUCCCAGCCCUAAAAUCAUUAGUGUGGCUAAUGUUAUCAAGCGUGACGAUGUUUGUGUGUGAAUGUGGAGAGAGAGAGAGAGAGAGAGAGAGAGAGAGAGAAGUCAACCAGAAGAGGACAGGUGUUACUGAAGGAAGAUGAGGGUGCAGGAUGGCUUUUAUGGCUGCUUUUUUGCCUCUAAGAGCCUGACCCUGUGACUCUCGACUGUGUCUUCACCCUCCUUGACGAAAACAAUGGCACGCCACCUCUGUGAUGCGUCACCCCUCUGUCCAUUUCUUUGCCUUGUUGCAUCCUUCCCACCUCACCCCUCUGACUCCCUCCCUCCCCCGUCCCACAGUGCCUGUCUCCUUCACCCAUUUCUCGCUCUGCCUCCUUCUCUCCCCUGACAGCAUUUUAAUGAGUCCGAUGAGUGCACUAAUUCUCUCUCACAGUGGCAGAGUAAUGUGUUCGCUGAUGCUAAAUGGCUCGGCUGUUCUCGACGCUCUCUGACUUUGUUUCUCUGUAUCUCCCCCCUCUUGUCUUUUCUCUUUACUCUGCUGUUUCUCCUUAUCUGUGUCUCUGUCUAUCUCCCUUAAUUUCACCCCUCUCUAUCAUUUCCUGCACUGUUUCUUCCUCUCUCACCUUCUUUUACUGUUAUCUGUCUCUCUCAAACUCAAACUUUCUUUGAGUUCUUUCAUCUCUGUUUCUAUUCCUGUCCCUCUUCUUCUCAGUCUCUUUUUUUCCUUAAUUCCCAUCUUUUCCCAUCCCUCUGUCUGCAUCUUUCUUUUUCCUCUUGUCUGACUCCCUACUCCACCAACCCCUCCUUUGCUCACUCUUCUUCACUCUCCAUCCCUUUCAU